AUGGAGGAUACUGGCAAAAUCAACGUCACCAUGACAACCGGAGAGUACAAGCUCUUCAAGGAAGCUAAGAGGCGGGUAGCCUCAUCAAAACAAACUACCGUUUCCCAACUGCACAAGUUGCCUGAAGUUUUCAAUGACCCAACGAAUAUUUCUAACAAGGGAUCGAAGAGGAAGCAGCCUGAGGAGUUUCCCCCGGCCUUUUAUAGGGAGCCAGGCCUGGGUUAUUAUCCGCGGGACCCUAGGGUACUAGAAGAGAAGCUGUCUAAAGGGUGCAAGCCCCCUGCUAUCGGGGAAUAUGACGGUAGCAAGGACCCGGAAGAUCAUCUUCGUAAAUUUAGGAACGCGGCGUUGUUGCAUCAAUAUAGUGAUGUCGUCAAGUGCCGGGUAUUCCUGAACACUUUAUUUGGCUCAGUGCAGAAAUGGUUUGAUGGAUUGCCACACGGGUCCAUCACUUGUUUCCUAGACUUCGAGACUGCUUUUCUGCGCCACUUCGCUAGUAGCAGGAAAUAUCAAAAGACCGACUAUUGUCUCUUCACCCUCAAUCAGGGGCCCACCGAACCCUUAAGGAGUUAUAUUAAGUGCUUUAACCAAGUAGCUCAGGAUGUUCCAUCUGCCACUUCAGAGAUAUUGAUGAGUGUCUUCUCCCAUGGAUUGGUAGAAGGGGAAUUCUUCAGAGACCUCAUCAAAAGUCCCGUGAAGAAUUUUGAUGAAAUGUUAGAAAAAGUUGCCAGUUAUAUCAAUAUGGAGGAAGCGCAGGAGGCACGAAGGAAGGCUGAUAAAACACCUUCUUCCGUCAACAAGCCGAAGAAAAGAACACCCCAGCCACCGACUCAACCUCUCCCGCACGCCCGAGAAAUCCGACCUCCCUUUCCGCCUGGUCAGGAUUCCCAGUCGACCCCACGAGUAGCCACGGUCCACGCUCCCAGACCUGGUCCAUGGGGUCCACGUUAUUGUACCUACCAUCGGUCACAUACGCAUGCCACCAAUGAUUGUUUUUAA